ACAACCAUGCACAUGCACACACACACACACACAAGCGCACACGCACGCACAUAGAAGUGCGCGCACCCGGAAUUUUACACAGAGGAGAUCUCCAGAUGGAAUGGAUGUAACGCACCCACAAGGAUUUAUACACACUGUGGAUGUUGGACGAACUUUAAGAGUUUCCGGUCGUUAUUUUGCACAGAUUUCAUUGGAAAAAAAUAAACAAAAAUUCUAAUGAAAAUGGGACUCAUUAACGCAUUUAAGCCAUUUGCUAUGUUGGACGAACUUUAAGAGUUUCCGACAUUUUUUUUUUUGGAGAUUCUUCUCCUCUUCUUCCUCUUCUUCUUCUUCUGAGCACGGAGGGUUUAGUGACCUUCUCUUGAAGCGUCUGUUCCUCGACGUCAGUCUGGGAGAAGAAAAGGAACAGGAAGGUUGGAAAACAAGAACGAAGUCAGGAGGACUAACAACACUGGUGUAAAGGAAACAGCAUGCAUAUUAUAUUAAGGGAGGGUUGAAGUCUCUCCAGCCCUGCUACUCAGACUGUCCUCAUCCUUGAGCUUGGAGCUCCGUGGCUUAGCGAUGAGUGCCACUGUGAGCUUUCAGUCCCACACCACACCUGCCACACCACAGCCGGCAUGGAUAGCAGCGCAAUUGCCUUUUACAUCAGCCUGGAGCUGCUAAUUGCUGCCUUGGCCGUGGCGGGAAAUGUGCUGGUGUGCUGGGCCGUCAGCCUCAACAGCAACCUCCAGAGUAUCACCAACUACUUUGUGGUGUCCCUGGCUGCGGCCGAUGUGGCUGUGGGCCUCCUUGCCAUCCCUUUCUCCAUCAUUAUCAGCACUGGCUUUUGCAGUCACUUCCAUGGAUGUUUGUUCAUUGCCUGCUUCGUACUCGUGCUCACGCAGAGUUCCAUUUUCAGCUUGCUGGCCAUCGCAGUUGACCGCUACAUCGCCAUCAAGAUCCCACUCAGAUACAACAGCUUGGUGACGAAUCAGAGAGCUAACGGAAUUAUCUGUCUGUGCUGGAUCUUAUCUGUGAUCAUUGGUCUGACACCGAUGCUCGGUUGGCACAUGCCCAGCACCAACAUCACCAACAGCUCGUGUCCUCCCGGCAUGACUGAGUGUCUGUUUGAGCGCGUGGUCUCCAUGGACUACAUGGUUUACUUCAACUUCUUCGUCUGUGUCCUAAUGCCAUUGGUGGCCAUGUUGGUCAUCUACGCUCGGAUCUUUAUGGCGGCUCGUCGGCAGCUCAGGCAGAUGGAGCACAAGACAUCGUACAGCCACAGUGAGGGAUCGUCCUCAUCCUCAUCGUCUCGCUCGACACUGCAGAGAGAGGUCCAUGCCGCAAAGUCACUCGCCAUUAUUGUCGGACUGUUUGCUGUCUGCUGGCUUCCUCUGCACAUCAUCAACUGCUUCACGUUAUUCUGUCCGAAAUGCCCCCGCCCCCCACUCUGGAUAAUGUACCUCGCCAUUAUUCUAUCUCAUGCAAACUCAGUGGUGAACCCCUUCAUUUACGCCUAUCGCAUCCGAGACUUUAGAUUGACGUUUCGAAGGAUUAUUCGGCAGCAUUUACUAAAGCGGCAUGACAGACUAGCCAGAAGCAACACCUCCACCAGGAUUAGCGUCAUUGAAUCAUCUUUCAUCAAUAUGACUAACGGCAAAGGACCAGACCGCAGUCCAGGGAAAAGUUUAAAAUUUUCAAAGGAAAUUCAUUGCACAGAUAAAGACUGGAGCGCAAUGUCAGAUCCGGAGUGCAGCGUUUCUGCUCGGAUUCCCGAUCAGAUUAGCAAUGAAAUUUCUUCAGAAAUCAUGCUGGUCAAGGACUGCUGCGUUAUCACUAAUGUUAAUCUGAACUCCAUAUCCACAAGGUCAAAACAUGUACCGGAACUAACAGAGGUCUCAUGAUGCAUAUUCAUUAGCUAAGUUAAAACAAACAUGUAGCCUCAUGCGAUCUUCACAUCCUAGGCUUGAUUUUUACUGUGUGUGGCCAGAUAAGCCUUCGGUUAUGUGUGCCUUCAUUUGUGUGGGAACCGGAUGAACAUGGCUAAUAAAUUGCGACACUUCUCAUGUGUCUGGUUUAUCAGACGGAUUUCCCACAUCUCUCGUAAUCACAGUGCUUUUGAAGUUUUCAUUUCCUUAACAAAUGCUAUGCUCCAGUGAAACCAUGCAGUAGGCCAAAUGUAUUGACAAACAAAUAGUCUAUUUACUUAUUUAGCCUAUUUAACCAUGACAUGUCUAAUGUUUGGAAAUUCAGACACACGUCAGCUUAGCUAUGGAGUGUGAUUUAGUCAUUUUAAUUCCUAAAUUAAAGUAAUUAAUGAUAGCGGAACAACUAAGUAGGCCAUAACCUACUGUAUGUUUACACUAGCAAGUGACAAGUGAGCAUUCAUUUUGUAUGAACACAGCUAAAUUUUGAUUUUAUAAAUGCAUAAUAAGUAUGAUUUGGUAAAGCAUAAACUACAAACAGUUCUGAACAAUCCUGUGGUGUUUGUGGUUCGAUGUUUCUUCACUUCCCCACUUGAAACUUUAUCAGUUAGCUCCAAUUUAUUGUUUGACUUGCCAAACUGGAAUAAAAACUUGUACAAUUUUAUUUUAUGAGAGACAUCAAAACUAAAAAAUGCUUGAAUGGAAUUAACAAUGCUGAUACCUAUGACAAAAAAGUUUUAGCAAAUGUAAAUGAAGCAAACUACUCGAACAUUUCAGUCAAACGUAAAGCAACAAGCAAGCAACAUGCCUCUUGCUAGUGUGUUUAUGCAAGACUUGAGAAAUGUUAGUGAGGACACAUACAUGGUAGGAAAGGUGAUAAUGCAUGAACUCAGUCAGGAAGCAUUAGGAAAGGAUUUAUAGGAACAAUUAAAGUGAAACUUCGGGUGAAGUAUUUAUCUCAAACUUUACGGAGUAACUGCAUUUAUGACGAAAUCCUGGAAGUGGUGCCAUUCAUUCAGGCAACAGUGAGGCCAUUGUUGUAUGUAAAAUAACACUCCAUCAUUAUAUUGGCCAGCAUAUAGGCCGAUAGAUCAAUAAACUGUUGUAUUUUGUAUUUAAUUACGCCUGGCGUUGCCACAAUCUUGUCCUAGGCUCUGUGAAGUUUCUGAAGAUUCAUCAAAAGACCACACUACUGACUGUGAAACAUUUAGUGUUCGGGUGGUUUGGAAUUUUAACAAAUAAAAAAACAAAACUCA